AUGUAUGGAUUUGCCGCCAUACUUGCUAGCAAACAUCCAGGCAACGCUCGUCGACUUUUUCUGGGAUGGUCUGCACAGGAUUCCUCCAUCUGCCCAAGGAGGAAGGGGGGCAAGGGCUGGUUCAUCUAUAGGAUACGUAUAGGAUUCCAGUCCCUGUGCAUCGCUUACCAGCUCCUACACCACUGGAGGUCUACACUAACAGCAGAGGAGCAUGUUGAGCUGAAGGACUAUAAAAUCGGCAAGAGCGGUCUUGCAGAGGUGCAACCCUCUGCCCUGCUGGACAUCGCUCCUGACCUUGACGGGUGUGAGAGCCCCCUCCUGAAGUGCAGGGGUAAAGGGGAGAUGAACUUCAGGACAGUGAUGGGGAAGCUGCUCUACAGGGCCUCUAAACUUCCACAAAUAACACUGGAUCAUCAGUUGGAGAUUGCAAGACUCCGUGAGCUGGUGAACAUCGCAGGGACAGACCUGACACAAGGAGCAGACCUAGCAGCAGGUAUGGGACUCAGGUCCCUCUGCAUCGCUAACCAGCUCCUACAUCGCUGGAGGUCCACACUAACAGCAGAGGAGUGUGUUCAGCUGAGGAGGAAGAACCAUUUCCCCAGCUGGACAUUGCUCCUGACCUCGACAUGUGAGCGCCCCCUCCUGGAGUGCAGGGGUAAAGGGGAGACUGUGCAGCAGGAGUCAUGGCUGAGAACAACACCGAGCUCGGAGACGAGGUCAAACAGGAGGAAUUCGGUCGCGUCUCCCCUCCAAGAGGAUGCCGAGACGCCGCAAGACGACACGAACGGCGUCAAAACUGUGGGAAGCGAUACAGAGGAGAACCAGAGGGACAAGCCAGAGGGGAAGGAGAAGACCGGGGGCCGGAAGUCCAGUCGUUUUCACCCAUAUAAGGAGAGACACGGUGGUUCGGGAGACAAGAAGGCGUCUCAGCGCAACCGUGUGUUCAUCAGCAACAUUCCGUACGAUAUGAAGUGGCAGGCAAUUAAAGAUCUAAUGAGAGAGAAAGUUGGUGAGGUUACAUACGUGGAGCUGUUUAAGGAUGCUGAAGGAAAGUCCAGGGGCUGUGGGGUGGUUGAGUUCAAAGAUGAGGAGUUUGUAAAGAAAGCAAUGGAGAUGAUGAACAAACACGAUCUUAAUGGCCGACCCCUGAACAUUAAAGAGGAUCCUGAUGGAGAGCAUGCUCGGCGUGUGUUACAGCGAGGGGGAGGGGGAAGUGGAUACCCUGGGGGCAGGGGGCAUGAUGGUGGUCCAGGACAGGUUAACCUACCCCCCUCGAUCUCCAACAAUCCAAACAUUCCCCAUGACAUCAUCAGCGCUCUUCAGCAUGGCCGACUCGGUUCUACCGUGUUUGUCGCUAACCUGGACUUUAAGGUAGGCUGGAAGAAAUUGAAGGAGGUCUUCAGCAUGGCUGGAGUGGUGAAGAGAGCUGAUGUGAAGGAAGAUAAAGAUGGGAAAAGCAGAGGAAUGGGAACGGUUACCUUUGAACAGUCACUGGAGGCCGUGCAGGCCAUCUCCAUGUUUAAUGGUCAGAUGCUGUUUGACAGACAGAUGCACGUUAAAAUGGAUGAUAAGUCUUUGCCCCCUGAUGAUUUCUGCUCCAUUGAUAAAGCCCCUCAGUUGCCAAGAGGUCUGGGUGGUAUCGGCAUGGGUCUGGGUCCUGGUGGACAGCCAAUCAACACCAACCGUCUGAGUGGAGGAGGAAUGGGCUCCAUGGGUCCUGGAGGGAUGGAUGGAGGUGGCUUUGGAGGAAUGAACAGAAUGGGAGGAAUGGGUGGAGGAUUUGGAGGAAUGGAUGGUGUUGGGGUUGGUGGAUUUGGAGGUAGAGACAUGACUGCCAUGGGCAGGAUGGGAGAUAUGUACAGGUCCGGUAUGGGGAUGAUGGAUCGGGAUUUUGGACGCAGUGAUCUAGGCAUGAACAGAUCCUUUGGAGAUUCGUUUGGGGGACUGGGAAUGGGAGGUUACGGAGGAGGAAUUGGAAACUCGGGCAUGGGCCCAAUGGGGACAGGAUUAGGAGGUAUGGGUAGCAUGGGAAUGGACCGGAUGAGUGGAUUUGACAGAAUGGGCGGGAAUAUGGAAAUGAGUCGCAGCUUUGGCCAGUUCGGAGGCAGCUCGGGUCACAUGGGCGGAGACAGAGGGGUGGGGUCAAAGGGAGGAUGUCAGAUAUUUGUAAGAAAUCUUUCAUAUGACCUCACAUGGCAGAAGCUUAAGGAGAAGUUCAGCCAUUGUGGUCAGGUGAUGUAUGCAGAGAUAAAGAUGGAGAACGGGAAGUCUAAGGGCUGUGGGACGGUGCGCUUUGACUCCCCAGAAAGUGCUGAGCAGGCCUGCAGGAUGAUGAACGGAACCAAAAUUAAUGGUCGAGAGGUGGACGUGCGCCUCGACCGUAACGCCUGAACACACGUGCACACACCCCUCGCCACAUCCCACGGUCCACAUUCAUUCCCUUUGAGCUUUUGUUUUGUUUUAGAAACGUUUUUUUUUUUUUUUUUGCAUGAGUAUGCAUACACACACACACACACACACACACACACUACAAAUGAUCAUCAGACCUGACUCGUAGAUAUUGUUUAUACAAAUGUUUAUUUCUUUUGUAAACUUAUUUUUAAUUUGUGCAUCACCUGUUUAUCUGAACAAGAAAUAAAAUAAACUUUUUAAUUUUUAAGUUC